UCUGCAGACACACAAUCAGUCUGCAGACACACAAUCAGUCUGCAGACACAUAAUCAAAGUCUGCAGACACACAAUCAGUCUGGAAACACACAAUCAGUCUGCAGACACACAAUCAAAGUCUGCAGACACACAAUCAGUCUGCAGACACACAAGGCACGUGCCUGCUUCGCGCUGUAUUUUCGCGCCAUUGCUCCUCUCUCUCCCUCUCUCUCUCUCUCUCUCUCUCUCUCUGUCUCUCUGUCUCUGUGUCCCCCAUCGCAGAAGAAGGGGACACCCGCAGGGAGGAAGUUCAUCAAUAACCGCCCUUAUUCCGACAGAGACAUUAUGGAGAUGACUGACAGCUGCACUCAGCAGCAGGACGGGGACGGAGACGAGCCAACCUCGGACGACUCUGUGAGCCUGUUGUGCGAUCUGAGACCCUGGCAAAGCAGCAGGGGGGCCCAGGACAUGGAGGUGGAUGAGUUAAAGUCACAGUUUGGCAACGAAAAGGAAGUGGUGACGGAGAUGAAUGCACUCAAAGCCCCCGUGUCAGGGAUAUGCAGCUAUGCCCAGUCUGCAGCAGGCUGUGCUCAUUCUACGUCAGGGGAUUCAAAGGUCUCUCAAAGUGUGAAAGUGCCCAACAAGAGGCAGGUCAACAAGAGGAAUGGGUUGGGGGAGACCCUUCUGCACAGGGCGUGCAAGAAAGGCGACCUGGCGCACGUCGAAGCCCUCAUCCGAGCCGGGGUCAGCGUCAACGCGCAGGACUUCGCAGGCUGGACCGCUCUCCACGAGGCCUCUGCUGUCGGCCUGGAGGCGGUGGUCGAGGAGCUGCUGAAGGCCGGAGCCGACGUUCACGCCAGGAGCUGUGAUGGCGUCCUGCCCCUGCACGACGCCAUUUGCGCUGGACACUGUCAGGUAGUGAAGCUCCUCCUCCAGUACGGAUCAAACCCCAGCGACAGGACGGGGGCCGGCCUCAGUGCACUGGACCUGGCCGGGGAGGGCGAGCUCAGAGCGCUGCUCUCUCUCCCAGUACCUCCUGUGACUGGCGAGCAGCCGCGUGAAGCCCCUGCACUGCGCGGACCAGCAGGUGCCGUGUCUCCAGAGACCUGCCGGCUUAGCUGCAAUGACGCGCCGAGCCCCACGUCCAGAGACUCGGGGGACAGAGGCGUCCAGCCGGGGAGGAAGGACACCAGCGCGGAUGGCUGUUGUUCAGAGGGCCUGCCGGUGGUUCUGGAGGAGGUGGGGAGGACACAGACGGAGAUAGCGGCGUGGCCCCUGGCGGGUCCCGUGGAUGCAGGCCGAUAUCAUGCUGCUCUGAUGCAGAUCCAGAGCGUGCUGACGGAGGUGGUCACCUGGCAGCAGCUGGAGAAGGACAACCUGGCCCUGAAAUACCGGAGCAUGCCCGGCUGCCUUCGCCAGCGCCUGCUGAAGAGUCAGCUGGUGUCCCUCGCCUGGCGACAGAGGACCAUUGUGGACAUCCUGCAGAAGCAGCUGCGUUUGGUGGAGCUGUACGUCACCACGGAGGCCAAACCUUCCACUCGGCCUCCCCACCGUGGAGGGUCCGGACCACGCCGCUCCAACAGACCGGUUCCCCGGACCACCGCGCUGAGAGCGGCGCCUCAGAGUCACGCCGCAAUCGCUUGGCCUUCUGCACCUCGACCAACCCAGCGGAGGAAGGCUGCCCCGCCCACCGAUGUGCCAAAAGGGGAUGCCGGGAUCUUGGGGAGCAGAGCCAAACAACCAAGAAAGACUCUACAACACGUCCACUUUCAGAUAGAAGCAGAUAAGGAGCUGGUACAGGGCGGCGACAGCGGCGUGCGCCUGUACCGGCUCGUGCAGACGGGAGUCUUGGCGCCUGGAAGUGCUCUCCAGCUGCUGCUGAAG